AUGGAUCACCCGGGUCAAGUCCGUUUCAUCGGCACCACCGGGUUUGGGCCAGCCGGUAAGGUGUGGAUCGGGGUGGAGAUGGCCGAUCCCAUCGGCAACUGCGAUGGCUCCAUUGAUGGUGUUCGCUACUUUUCUGCUGCUCCCGAUCGUGCUCUGUUUGUCGAGCCCGAGGGCCUCAAAGUUCUACCACCCUGCCUCCCACCGCCCGCCCAGUCUCUUGCACGCGACGGCGGCUGCGUCGUGCCCGCCUCGCGGUAUGCGCUCCCGCCGCAGCCGACGCUUGCCGCACCCGCCCGACAGCCUUCACGCCGCCGCCGGAUCCAGCAGGAAAUUCCGCCAGAGGCCCGCCGCAAGCCCCGCCGCCGCCGUCCUGCAAAUCCGCCUCCCGCCACAACCUCGGACGAUGACACGCUGCCUCCAGAGCUGAUGUCGAUCUUGGAAGAGGCGUCUGCUAUUGGUGCCUCACCCAAGCACACAGAUCAGCUCAUCGGUGCCGUCCUCCACUACCUCCGCGACGACGACGGCGACGAGGCUGGCGGAACCGUGAACGGUGGCAGCGGGCUCCCACCCCAGGUCCACCGCCGCAGGCGGAGAGCGCCACAGCCCGAGCCACAUCCGUCUCCGGUGGCUGCGCCGGCGAAGCUUGACCUGCUCUCGCCGACCGAAGUUUCGGACCACGACGAGGUGCAAAGCAAGGUCCGGCACACGACGGCGCGACGGGAACAGUGCCAGCGCCAGCCCCGCCAUCGCCGCCGGCGCCGCAAGGCUCCAUCACCGGCACCGGCCCUGCCGUCACUGGCCGAGUUGGCAUCUGCCCCUGCCCCGCUCUCGCCGGACUUUGGUCUCAGUCCGCAUGCGAGUCGGAGCUACUCGCACGAGCCCGGCACGCCGGGCUCACCAGCCCGUGUGCAGCCGGGCUCGAGCUUUGACGUCGAGUCUGAUGCGAGCCUCCUCGAGCCGGUGCGGCGAAUGGAGACAAUGCUAACGUCUAUCCAGCAGCUCCUAGCUAAGACCGACGACGAGGUGGCAGCCGAGGCUGCGGCCGAGGCCACGGUAGGCGAGCCAUCGGGCCCGCGGCCGUGGCCGCGCGCGCCCAAGGUCAUCUACCCCGCGCGUCAGCCCAAGCACCCGCGGGCGCUGGAGGAGGUUCGGCGUAUGGAGGCGAUGAACGACAAGAUCCUGGAGGCCGAGCUCAUCGCCAAGACUGCCCAAGAGCGACAGAUUGCUUCCGUCAUGGAGCCGUUUGCAGUCACUUACGCCAUCGACGCGGUCAUCGAGGUCGGCAAGCUCUGGACAUUCCACGAGAUCCAGCUCGGGCUUGAGCCGACGUCGCUCACGCUGGCGGUGGUGGCCGAGCCGAUGUGGGCGCUGGCAAGCCUCACGGUCUCCAACACCAACCACGAGCCGACGAUGGCGUCGGCCGAGUGGCGGCUGAGCCCGGUUGUCAGCGGCUCGUCGCUGGCCUUCACCGACUGUUCGGGCACGUUCUUUGUGGGCGUGGCGCGCCAUCGUCCGCUGCCGGGCGAGGACGUCGCGCUUCCAGUAACCAUCCACAUCGACGUCGGCGGCUACGUUGCGCCGGCUGACGACCUCACCCUGCAGUGGCGAGUUGCCCGCGCCGACGACAUUAAUCUCGCCCGCGUCGACGCCUACCACUAUCUGGAGUCCUCAAUCGCAGACUAUCACGUCGACGCUAUCGAGCCCCACCUCGGGCGGACCGCACUGCACUUUGCGGCCGAGGCCGGCGCGCUGGAGCUUGCGCAGUGGCUACUGUCACGACAGGCCGACGCCAAUGCGCGCGACCGCUACGGCAACACCCCGCUGUUUGCCGCUGCCCGCGGGGCGCAGCAUAAUCCUGCUGGCGCACUGCAGAUGGUCGAGCUUCUCCUCGACUCGGGCGGCGUCGUCUAUGCCCGCAACCUGCGCGGGCAAAGCCCACUCCACAUCGCGGCGGCCACAGAGCGAUCCGGCGCCAUCGCCGCGCUUCUCCUUGCUCGCCGGGCCGACCCGGGCGCGCGCGAUGCAGACGGUCAGACGCCGGUCGACGUUGGCCGCGACGCCGGUCACGGCCGAGUUGUCCGGCUCUUUGACGAAUCCGACAGCUCGCCUCCGCCCGAGCCCGAUAGCCCCGUCGGCUCGCGUCUGCUCAGCCCAUCGCUGCGCUCGCAGCCGUCGACCUCGCUGGCCGCCGUCUCGAUCUCGGACGUCUCGGCAUCGUGCAACUCAUCGGUCAUUUCGGGCGACGGCGGCGAGUACGGCAGCGAGUAUGGCGCUCCGUCGACGCCGCGCCGGAUCAAUCCCAUGAGUCAUGCGCCGUCGAGGGACCUCGCGUCGUACGUCAUCACACCAAGCAAGGCCUCGAAUCGCAACAGCGGGUACUCGUCGGACUCGUCCGACUCGUCUAACUCGAGCUCUAGUUCGAGCCCGAGCUCCAACUCCAGCUCGAGCGACAGCCCAAGUUCGCCGGCUAUGACGCCCGUGCCGGCCGAUCCGGCGGCGACGCCCGAGCCGGCGCUGGACUCGGGCUCGGCGUCGUCCGAGACGGAGGCAUCGGCGCUCGGUCUCGAAGCCGGUGACGGCAUCAUGUGAGAUGCGCACCAACUGUGCUGUGCACCGUGCUACGCCACUACAAACACACACGCCUUUG